AGACCGCCUCGAAUUCACCCGAGUUCGAACAGACAGUGGAGUUGGUCAACAAUAUAUUCCUCAUGCCGCCGACCUCAUCUUUGCGUGCACUUCAAGUGAAAGUGCCGCGCCACAUAACAGGCAGGCGUUUUGCCUCCCAUGGCCCACCACAAUUCAACGAGCCUAGUGGUUUUCUUUUUGGUGAAAAGCCACCUGCACCAGGACAAAAGCGAGUUAAAGAGGAGUGGGAGAACAUCUGGUAUGUAGGGAUGUUUGGGUCAAUGGCAAUGGCUGCAGUAUUAUUGUACUACAAGCCCGACACAAGCAUACAAACAUGGGCCCUAAGGGAAGCCAAGGAACGCAUGGAAGCCCGUGGAGAGAAGUACAAAUACGAGCCAUCAUCAUAA